UUUGUUUGGCGUUGCGUCACGUGUCACGUGUUCAGUGGGAAACAAUGAUUUUCUCUCAAGAAGAUGUGGUCGAAUCCUCGCAAUCUGGUGAAUCCAGUAGUGGUCGUCGUGGUCGUGGUCGCCGAUCGAACGGAUCGCAAAGUGCACUGCCGAAGCGCAAAUCUCAGCGCAACCAGGUCCAGCGGCAGCAGCAACUUCCGGUGGACAGCGCCGACUGGUCGAGCUCGGUUCUGCUCGAGAUCCCGCAAUCGGAUACCGAGGAAAGCCCGGCAGGUAACCUGUCCGGGAGUCUCUUCUCCGGACAGCAGGAUCUGCUACGGCAGUACGAGAGCCACGAACAGGACUUGAAGAAGCGGGACGCUAUGCUGGAGCAGGUUCUAGAGCAGUCCCGGAAAGCGUGCGAGCAGCUCAAGUUGCAGAACAGUUCUUCUCAGCAGGCAACUGAGCUGUUUCGUUGUUCGGAACAUCCCCCGGCGAACCAGCCGGCUAUUUCGAAGGAAGUCUCCUGUCAGACCUCUGUCAACCAGCAGGAAGCCGGCGUUCAGUGCAACCAACCAAAGGUUAUCCUUUGCAAUGCUUCCGUUCAGCUGUCCCCAAUCUCCCAGAAGCGCUCCUCCCAAAACGUAGCAACGCAAUCCUCCCCAAACGGUCAACCCAAACGCUCCCGGAUUUCAACCUCAACCAACACGGACGAUCCGCAGCGCGAAAACUCUUCCGCCCAAACCACCCAGAUCCAAACCCGGGACGUGGCAAUCCAAAAGUACCACAGCACUCGGGUUCGCGAAAUGGCCGCCCAAACCGACCAAGUCGUAGUCCCGAAACCCAAAAUUUCGCGGCGGAACGUCAGCAUCCAGCACCGCUCCACCGGCACCCUGGAUCUUGGUACGGCCAAUUCCGUUGGGCUGGGGAUCGCCCUGCGUUGUGAUCCGGCCCGGCUGCAGCGCGUGCUGUUCAAAAUGGCCGCCGAACAGCACAACCAGUCACGUGGUAGCAGCACCAACAACAGUGUUGUCGAUACGUCGGGGUCGAUGCAGGACGGAGGGGGGUUGGAACUGUUUGGGCCGGAUGAGCCGUACUAUGCGAAUUAUGAGUACUUUAUGGAGGAGGAGCGUGGGGAUACGGACGGUGGGAGCACCCGAGGAUCGGAGCAGGAAGUGAGCUGCUUUGUGGAGGAUGAUUACAAUGUGUGAGGGGUGGAAUGGUACCA